AUGUCCGAGGCGGCACUGCGAGCAGAGGGAGUCAUCAGCUGCCGCCUGAGUCCAAGAGCAUUGGUUGAUUUAUUAGAAUCCAUCCUGUUCACACAUAACCCUACCUGGGAUGACUGUCAGCAGCUUUUAAAAGUGUUGUUCACAACCGAAGAGCGUGAGAGGAUCCUGACCGAGGCACGAAAGUUGGUGCCGGGAGAGGACGGGAGACCCACCGUGCAGCAGAACCUUAUCGAUGAGGGAUUCCCGUUGGUAAGACCGCCGUGGGAUUUUGAGCAACCCGAAGGUAGGGAGCGUCUCCGAACAUACCGGCAAACAUUGAUAGCAGGGUUGCGGGCGGCGGCGCAUAACUUAACUAAAGUAAUUGCUGUCAGGCAGGAAGCCGAAGAAACCCCUGCUGCUUUCUUAGAAAGGAUAUUAGAGGCGUUUAGACAAUUUACUCUUCUGGACCCUAUGAAGGAAGAAAAUCAGGCAGCUGUCAUCUUGGCAUUUGUAAAUCAAGCUGCCCCGGAUAUAAGAAAGAAAUUGCAAAAGAUUUAUAGAUUGGGGGAACAAACUAUACAGGAUCUUUUAAAGGUUGCGGAAAAGGUGUAUAAUAACAGGGAAACUCCAGAAGAAAAGCAGGAGAGAAUGAGAAGGGAAGAUUGGAGACACCAAAGGGAAAUGGCUAGAAUAUUUUUUGAAGCAGGAGAAAAUAACAAAAGAGUGGAGGAUGUGCAUCCUACGGUCCCGAAUCCAUAUACUCUGUUAAGUACAAUGCCACCAGAUAUGGGAUGGUAUACGGUUUUAGACUUAAAGGAUGCUUUUUUUUUUUUUUUUACCAUCCCCCUGAUGGAACAGAGCCAGGCAGUGUUUGCUUUUGAAUGGGAAGAUCCCGAGAGCAGAUACAAGGGUCAGUUAACUGGGAUCCGAUUACCACAAGGGUUCAAAAAUUCACCGACUUUAUUUAAUGAAAUACUGCAAGAAGAUUUGAGUGAUUUCAGGAGACAGAAUCCAGACAUAAAAUUGUUUCAGUAUGUGGACGAUUUACUGCUAGCAGCAAGAACUAAAGAGGACUGUAAAAAAGGUACGAGGAUGUUGUUGCAAGAAUUGAAUAAACUAGGAUAUCGAUUAAGUGCUAAGAAAGCUCAGCUACGUAGUCCAGAAGUCAUGUAUCUGGGAUACAAAAUACGGGAUGGUAGAUGGCUGACUGAUGCCAUGAAAGAGACUGUUCUCCGAAUACAGGAACCAAAAUCUCCUAGAGAGGUCUGAGAAUUUUUGGGGACGGUGGGAUACUGCUGCUUGUGGAUUCCUGGGUUUGUAGAAAUAGCAAAGCCCCUGUAUGAGGUGAGUCGAGAAAAGCCGGACUGGCAAUGGACUGAAACUAUGAGAAAAUCCUUUGAGAAACUAAGGUUGACUCUGUUAAAGGCUCCUGCACUGGCACUCCCUGAUCCAACUAAAGACUUCCAUUUAUAUGUAAGUGCAAAGGCAGGGAUUGCUAAGGGGGUGUUAAGGCAGAAACAAGUUGGGCAAAAACUGUAUGUAACGGCUCCUCAUUACGUAGAGGCAUUACUCAAACAGCCGCCUGAAAGAUGGAUAACAAAUGCUAGGCUGACUCAUUACCAAGCCUUACUUUUAAACCCAGAAAGGAUUAUGUAUACGUCCCCAACGACUUUAAAUCCAGCCACUCUCCUACCUAACCCAGAAUAUGAAACACCUGUGCAUAAUUGUCAGGAGGUGUUAGCUGAAACUGCGACAGUGCGGGAAGAUUUAAAGGAUGAGCCGCUGCAAGGGGGAAAAGUGUGGUUUACAGAUGGAAGUAGCUUGGUCGAGCAAGGAAAAAGAAGGGCAGGAGCUGCAGUGGUAAAUCAGAAGGGAGAGAUAGUUUGGAGCCAGCGUUUACCAGACGGCACUUCGGCUCAGAGAGCGGAACUGAUAGCCUUGGCUAAGGCAUUAGAAAUGGCAGAAGGAGAGCGAGUGACGAUUUAUACAGAUAGUCGCUACGCAUAUGGGACAGUGCAUAUACACGGAGCAAUAUACAGAGAAAGGGGAUUUCUCACCUCUACAGGAAAAGAGACCUGAAACAAAGAAGAGGUUUUGCACUUAUUAUCAGCUUUACAGAAACCUAAAGCAGUGGCAAUUAUGCAUACCUUAGGACAUCAGAAGAAAACUGAUGCAAAAACCAGAGGGAAUGCAGUCGCAGAUAGUGCAGCCCGGCAAGCCGCGUUAGAAGGACAAAUACAAAAGGUACUAGCGCUGACCCACAACAUGUUAAGAGAAGAUGUGGAAAUUGGGGAGGAUGAAUACACCCCGGAGGAGAGGGAAUGCAUCCAACAGUUGCAGAAGAACAAGGUGCUGGAGGAGGAUAUUACGAUACAGGAGGAAGAAUGUUAA